AUGUCUUGGCUCGGUGUUCAGCCCCUCAAGAAGUUCAACGCUCCCUUCUUGAAGCCUUACUGGCCUUUCUUCGCUGCCGGUGUUGUCAUUGCCUACGGUGUCAACUCUGCCCAGAACGCCAUGAUGAACUCCGCCGAGUUCAAGAACGACCCCCGCAACCCCAACGCCAAGACUGGUGGUCACUAA